CAACUCAGUAGACAAAGUACACACACGCUGUUUGCGGAGAAUGGACAAAGAAAAAACCAUGAGUAAUAGUCGAGAAGUCGAGCGUUUCUACUUCCUAGUGGAUUUAAUGAAAGUGAAAUGCAGACGCGUUCAUUCGCGAUUUUGAAGGGUGUUCCGGAAAGGAACGGAAACCAUUUCAUUACUUUCCGCUCUUCCCAAUAUAAGAGAGACUAUCUUUGUCAACUGCCUCAGUUCAGCUCCUGCCAUCAUUGUUGAUGAAUGAUGCUGUCUUUAAUCACAGUCACCCUUUUAGCUUCAUCAUGUUCGAAGGUAUAUUCGGAGUACCAACAUGGAUAUGGACAACAACAACAGCUUCACUCAGUGCCAGAAUUUGAAUCCUACGGAAAGAUAGUAUAUCCGCAUUUCGAUAUCAUAGAACUUGGGUCCUAUCAAGAAGGACACAUUCCUCCAAAGACUGUUCAUAUCACGAAAAAAAUAGUUAUAACAGAACCGAAGCCAUAUCCUGUAAAAGUGCCACACCCUGUACCAUAUCCGGUACCUCAGAAAGUACCAUAUCCAGUUGUUCAUACAGAGCUUCUCAAAGUCCCACAUCCAGUCCCUUAUCCCGUGACCAAGACCGUGCAAGUACCAGUUGAAGUACCCAAACCAUACCCUGUACCAGAGCAUGAAUUUAAAGGAUCAGAAGGAGGUGAUUCCGGAUACGGUGGAAACCAAAAUGGAGGAGACCAAGGCAGUUAUGCCCAAUUCGAUCACAAUUCAGGUGGAGGAGACCAAGGCAGUUAUGCCCAAUUUGAUCACAACUCAGUUGGUGGAGACCAAGGUAAUUAUGCCCAAUUCGAUCACAGUUCAGGCGGUGGACAAGACUUUGGAAACCAAGACUCUUAUAACCAGGCCCCAAUCACUUAUGGUGUGCCUCAUCAAGAGCCGGGACAACCCUUAGGUCUUGCAGAAUACCAAAGUCAAAAUCGAAAUUAUCAGGUUAAUUACCAGGUGAACCAUGAUGGAGAUUUCUCGGGACAUCAAGAAGAAGCCCAGCACGAUCAGUCUUCUAAUUAUGCAGCGUUGUUAGUUCCAGUACAAGGUCAAAACAGUGAAGAGCAAAACCUGCAUCAAGAACAAGGGAAGACUGAUAGUUAAUAAUUUAGUUAUUCGAAUAUUGUUGUUUGUAUAUAAUUUUGUUGAAUAAAAAAUAAUAAGAGUUA